UGUCUAAUUUUCUAGGAAGUUAUUAGUUGACAGUUUCUCAUUGUCAUCAUGAUGAAGUUUUUAAUUGUUGCUCUACUUCCUCUGAUUGCUACUGUCCAUGGACUUGACAAUGGCCUUGCCCUUAAGCCUCCGAUGGGCUGGUUAUCAUGGGCUCGAUUUACUUGUGUAACUGAUUGUGCUAAAUAUCCUGAUACUUGUAUUCAUGAAGAUUUGUACAAACAAAUGGGCGAGAAGUUGAUUAAAGAUGGCUACGUUGAACUUGGUUAUGAUAUUGUGGCCAUAGACGAUUGUUGGUCAGAAUAUGAGAGAGACAAUGAAACGAAGCGAUUAGUUGCUGAUAGAACUCGAUUUCCAAGUGGAAUUAAAGCUUUGGCUGAUUGGAUGCACUCGAAAGGACUUCGACUUGGUCUUUAUGGGGACGUUGGUCCGUUGACUUGUGCAGGCUAUCCUGCACAGAAUGGACCUGGGGAUGGCUUCUUCGAUAUCGAUGCUCAAACAUUUGCCGAAUGGGGAGUCGAUUCCUUCAAAUUUGAUGGAUGUUUCGAAGAUCCUAAAAACUUUGAUGUACUUUAUCCCAAAAUGGCGACUGCUUUCAAUAAGACCGGUGCUCCAAUAAUUUAUCACUGCGAAUGGCCAUUGUAUCAAUUCAACGCCAACAUUACUCCCAAUUAUGAAUCAAUCUCAAAAUACUGUAACAUGUACAGGAACCAUGAUGAUGUUUGGGAUUCAUGGAGUAGUGUUUCCAGUAUUAUUCAAUUCUAUGGAGAUUAUCAAGAUACUUUCGGACGUUACAAUGGACCUGGUAUGUGGUUAGAUCCUGACAUGUUGAUUAUUGGUAACUUUGGAUUAUCUGAAACUCAAUGGGAAACUCAAAUGUCUUUCUGGUCAAUGUGGUCAUCACCUUUGUACAUGUCAAACGAUUUACGAAGAAUAUCAAAAAGAGCUAAAAAGAUUCUUAAGAAUCGUCGAGUGAUCGAAGUGGAUCAAGAUAGUCUUGGUAAAAUGGCUCGAAGAAUGGUCUAUGAUAACCCUAAGGGCAAAGAUCGUCAUUUCGAAGCCUGGACCAAGGAAAUGGCCCAAAGAGACGGUAAAACCAUCUACGCCGUUCUUUACUACAACGAUCAACCUCUUGGUAAUCCUGAAUAUUUCACCGUUUCAAUGAAAACACUUCUUCCAAAUGAAAAUUCUGACUCUAAAUUCAAAGUCGUCGACUUAUGGGAAGAAGACGAAGACGACGCUCGAAUCGGUACUUUCCAAAUGUCCGAUUCAUUAGAGUUAAUCGUUAAUCCUUCCGGAGGCUCUCGAAUGGUUUUAUUGACCCAAGUCUAAAUUGUAAACAAUCAACUGUACAGCUAUUAUAUCCUUUAAUCAUAUCGAAAUUAAAUUUCCAAUUUAACCUUAAAA